AUGUUGCAACUAACAUUAGCCGAUGUAUCAAAACAGUUGACCAAAGAUGUUAUCGUAGAGGCUUUUAGAUCGAAAACUAACAGUAAAAUUGACGUAGAAAACGUGCAGGUGACGACUGCGGCCCCAAAAGGAGAAGGCCUCAUCAGUGCUGUUUACCGUAUAAAUGUGAGUGGAAGCCAUCGCUCUGCUUCUUUCGUAGCCAAAGGCCUAGUUCACGACGCAGUGUUGAGAAGAACUUUAAACUGUUCGAUGUAUUUCAGAAGAGAAACGUUGUUUUUCUCGAAAAUUCUUCCAAUUUUAAUUGAGCUACAGGAAUCGCUUGGAGCAAAUGAAAAGAUACAAAAUAGUGUUCCAAAUUGUUAUGACUACUUUGUUGAUGGACAAAAUGAUUACAUAUUAAUGGAAGAUUUAGCAGCGAGGGGUUAUGCUUCCAUCCCGCCAAUGCCGACAGAAUUUGAAAGGAAUGAAGCACUUAAAGUAUUGUCUCAUCUGCACGCAGUGUCCAUGGCGUUGAGGAUAACGAAACCUUUUCUUUUCACUAAAAUAACAAAUGAAAUAUUCGAAAUUUACUAUCGCGAAGAUAAACGAUCUUGGUAUACUCCGUAUUUACUAAGAGCGAUGAAGUUAGAUUUACAAGUGCUAAGUGAAGACGAAACAGUUUCAAAUACUAUUUAUUAUGAUAAAUUUAAAAAAUUGGCAUCAGAAGAUCCCUACGGUGAAUUAGUUAGAUUGGUAACAACACGUGGAGAGUAUGCGGUUAUUAACCAUGGUGAUGCAUGGUGUCCUAAUUUUCUAUGUUCGAAAGAAAAUGCAAUUGCAAUAGACUUUCAACUAAUACGUGCAACUUCCCCGGCCACUGAUCUGUCUUAUUUCAUUCUUCUCUGUGGCUCUUUGUGUCAAAGUAAAAAUGAUUUUAUGAAAGCUGUCGAUAUCUAUUAUUCUAAUUUUGAAUACUAUCUUAGGGAUAUGAAUAUAAAACCAGAGGAAGUUUUUACUAAGCAAAUGUUAUAUAGUGAAUUAAAGAAAUAUGGAAAGUUUGGACUGUUAGCAGCUUCGACUAGUAUUCCUUUGUUGGCAAGCGAGAGAUGCGACGUGAACACAUUCGAAUCAAAGUAUGCUGGAGUGGAAAGAAUACCAUUAGAAGAACUAUGGAAACUUACACCUAUUACUGACAAAAAUGUUAAGGAAUCCCUAAUUAACGCAGUUCGGGUAGCGACAGACUUAGGUUUUAUUUGA